GCACCGAUUUUCGUCGUUUCAGCAGCAGCAUUGCCACAAGUUGGAGUUGUUUUUGUGCUAGUUUGUGUGCAGUGACAAACAACGCUUAUCCGCCGGCCUUGAAGUGCGUGCAUGGUCUUUGUGGCCAAGUGACAGCUCGCCCGCGACUGACAGCGUCUUGUCUUUUAGGCACAUUCUGCGAAAACGCAGAAAGGCGCGACCCUGCGUUGGUGCUUUACACCUUUCAGCGUUUUGCCGUGCGGGUGCGGAACUGUGACAGCCCAAGUGGCCGCCAGCACCGAUAUGCUGGAGGAAAACAUGAAAGCGCCGCGCUGCGCCGUGUGCGGCCUGCGGAGCGCAGCGAACGCCGUGCUUCUCCCGCUGCCAGACCUGAGAACCCACCCGGAGCUGUACUAUGCCUGGAUCGACUUCGUGCGCGGAUGCCCCGACAACGCCUACUGGGAGCCCGAUAGCCACACCGGCUUCGUCUGCACGCUUCAUUUUACGUCCAACUGGCUCAGGCGAAUCGGGGGCAAGUUUCUGAGUGCCAGGACCGGCGCGGUGCCCACGCUGUACCCGAGUCGGGAGCAACUCCGCCGCAUCGCCGAGGCCAACAUCGUUGUCGCUGCAUCCGCGCAGGGUAGGCAGGAAGAAGUGGAGGCUUUAGGUCCAGGUGUAGUUGCUACGCAAUGCAACGUCAAAGUGGCUUUCAAGUCUACAUGUUGCGCCAUCAAAGUCAUGUCCAAGCUGUUGCAGUGCACUGUGGAGUUGGUGUCUCAAGGCACGCAAGUCUUUGGACUGGACGACAUAGAUGGUGCCGAGCAGCAAAUGCAGUAUUGUGUGAAAAGAAAAGGUGGCGCUGCCGUCUAUGGUGGACGGCGCACAAGUGUGAAAAUGGCAUGCUCCGAGGUUGUGGUUGUCAAAAAGGAACCCGUGUGGAUGACCACGGAGGCUGCAGAGAUUCACUUGGAUGUCCAGGAUGACAUAGAAGAGUACCUCGUGGAAAAAACUUCGCCUCUCACAGAACCCAACGCGUCGUCUGGAAGCGCAAACUUUUUUGAGACGAGCAGAAUUGACAUCGGGAAUGAAAGAAGCACUUCCGACUUGUGCUCUCGCAAACCUGACGUCUCGAAUUCUCCGAUUGCGGACGACGUUGAUGCGGACGACGGUGGUGUGGGCUGUUGCCGUGGCUUGUCCUCUGGGAUUCGAGGAGCGUCAACGCUUAGGGAAAGACUGCAGUGGAAUCACGGCAGUAGGAAGGGCAAUUAUAGGUGCCCGUUGUGCUCCUACAGCACUAACCAUAAGAAAAGAUUGGCAAAGCACUCGCAGCGGCAUACUAUGACAGAUACGUUGUUAGAAUGCGAGAAGUGCUUUCGCACGUUUUCCGACGAGUAUCAUCUGGCACUGCACAUGCGCGCGCACGAACACCCACAUGAAAGUGCUGUGGCUGGAACGAGCCACGGAGCGGCUCAGGAAAAGCCGUUCAAAUGUGAAAAUUGUUCUCAAGGCUUCAGCAGCGAAACGAAGUUGGUGAAGCAUACGCGCAUUCAUGAAAAUCCUGCCCUGUGCCCCGUGUGCUCGCGCGCGUUCGAGGACGAAGAUCGCAUGAAGGUUCAUCUGCGAAGGCACACGGGAGAGAAACCAUUCCAGUGCGAGUUGUGCCCGAAGGCUUACACUGCCCGGCGAUACCUGCGGCAGCACAUGCACGACCACCCGAAGUCGUCCGAGUGCAGACUGUGCCCGAAUACGCCCAGCUGGGAGGAUGGCCCGGCAAAGCGGGCGUGCCGGCACACUUGCGAGAAACGGUACCGGUGCGAGCUGUGCGGCCGUAUGUUCGCCAACUAUAGCUACCUGUCGCAGCACAGGAUCACCCACAGGAAGUACUUCCCGUGCACCGUCUGCUCUCGCGCAUUCUGCAGAAGGACGGCCCUGGUGGUUCACAUGAGGCAGCACACGGGAGAGAUGCCCUUCAAGUGCCAAGAGUGCCUGCGCAAGUUCUCCACCAUGCCGAGCCUAAAGAGGCACGCCAUCUGCCACGAAAAGCCUUUCAAGUGCUCGCUCUGCCCGACGGCGUUCACAAACGAGAAGCGCCUAUCGAACCAUUUGCGCGCUCACUCGGAAAACAGGCUCUUCGAAUGCCACAUUUGCCCGUGCACCUUCACGAGGCGGAACGGGCUGAAUCGGCACCUGUGUACCCACGAGAACGACGGGGGCGGCCGUUCGUUGAGUGCACCGACGAGUGGCUGUGUUCCUGGAGCAGACCAGUUAGCAUGCUAACAAGAGCAAUGUUAUAUGCAGGCAUACUUCUUUUUCAAGGUGUGUUUCAACCAAAGAUAAACGUACGGAAAAGUUUAGCCUUGAUCACUGAAUGUGUUAACUCUCAUUUUGUUUCUGCUGUCACUCAUUGUAAGAAGUUCGGAGAGGUCUUAAUAAGUAAAGUUAGUUGCCCCCCACUUUAAAAAAAUACUAUAUAUACGAGCCUAAAUUCUGCUGCACACUUGUCAAUAAAGGUAUGCGGAGCCCUGGCUCCGCCGAGGUUAAGAAGGGCUUAGCAACCUUGACCAUGUGCUGCAUAUACGGAGCGGGGAUCUAUUCUUCUACGCGUCCGGAAGGCAAUCGGUGACCUUGGAGGCGGGUGCGGAGAAAAGCCUGUGUGGUGUAAAAGGACAGCUUACAGUGUGCGCCGUAGAGAUGCGGUGCGCAUGUGAGGAGCGCAUUUGGACGGCGGCGUCUUGUAAACACGCACUCGGAGGACUUUGUCUUGUAGACAAUAAGUUUGAAGGACAAGGACGGUCAUCAGUCUCCCACGCGGACAAACCUUGAGUGCAGCUGCCGUACGUGGUGUCGAUGCCCCUGCUUCCGAGACAUUUGCGGCCUAGAGAUGCCCUCGGGGUUUGAGGCGGCCUAGCGAUAACUUCUUCGGUCCUGGCGUGUCUUGCUGAGGCCGUCACUGACUACGUAGAAAUGAGAGGGCAAUGGUAUUUUAGGGUAGAAGGAAAAGAGCUUUGUUUUCCAAUAUGCUUACUUUUAAUAGUAAGCCCAGCGCUUUGGGUUGUGGCUUAACAAACAGUUGACUCUCAUUGGCAACUGAACCUGUGGGACGGGCCAAUGGCCCUACCGCCUUUUUCUUCUUUGUAUAUUUGGGCUAUAAAAAUCGGGACGACAUGCUGUCCUCAGACUUGGCUGAAAUCAGAAUUGCUGAUAGAUCAGUGAGGCUCCGUAUCAUGUACUAUCGUGCUCAGUAUGAGCUACAACGGGAAAGCGCAUGGUAAUGUAGUCACGCGCUGUACCUCAUACUGAGCGCGAUAAUACAUUAGACUUGGCUGAAAUCAGGAUUGCGGAUAGAUCAGUGAGCCUCCGUACUAUAUACGAUAAAAAGACUCUGGGCUCUAACAGUCAUUGAGACAGUCGAAGAGAGAUUUUGUGUCUCAAUUGUUCAAGUUUGUAAUGUAUUUGUUUUACCUGCCGUGUAUAUAGAAAAGUUUACCUAUAAAUAUUUCUUGUACAUCUGA